CCAGAUACAACUGAUGACCACACUCUGCUCUGGCUCCUGAAUCAAAUGCGAGUUGGAAUCCCUCAAGUCAGCAUCCAGGUCCGGCAGCAUAAACACACCCAGGCCCUCGCCUUCUUCAUCACAACCACAUUUGAGAACUUACUGCGAGGGGCGGAGCAAAUGGGGAUAUACAAGACCGUAAAGCCCCAGUUUGGUGGCGGGAUGCGGCGCUUUUCCUGUGAGGAGGAUAAUAUCUAUGAGAACAUUGAGAGCGAGCUCUGCUUCUUCACCUCACAGGAGCGUCAGAGCAUCAUCAAGUAUUGGCUGGAUAACCUGCGUGCCAAACAGGGAGAGAUGCUCCACAACAUCCACUUCUUGGAGGGACAGCCAAUCAUUCCAGAGCUGAUCGCUCGGGGGGUGAUCCAUCAGAUGUUUCCUCUUCAUGAGCAAAGGAUACUCAACCAGCUGAUGACCUCUUGGGUCCAGGCUGUAUGUGAACGGCAGCCCCUUGAUGACAUCUGUGACUACUUUGGAGUGAAGAUUGGCAUGUACUUCGCUUGGCUGGGUUUCUACACAAACUCCAUGCUCUAUCCUGCUGUCAUUGGCUUUCUGCUGUGGAUUCUAGCAGAAGCCGAUCAGACCAGUCAGGACAUCUGCUGUGUGGUUUUUGCCCUUUUCAAUGUGGUCUGGGCAACUUUGUUUCUGGAGCGCUGGAAGCGGCGAGAAGCAGAGCUGUCCUACAGGUGGGGAACCCUGGACACCCCCGCCGAGUCCUUGGAGGAGCCCAGACCACAGUUCAGGGGAGUGAAGCGAUGCAGUCCCAUAACCGGCUGUGAGGAGUUCUACUACCCUCCCUGGAAGAGAGCUCUGUUCAGAUGGCUGGUCAGCCUGCCCGUCUGCCUGCUCUGUCUUUGCUUCGUCUUCCUCGCCAUGCUCCUCUGUCUUCAGCUGCAGGAAGUGGUGAUGGAGAUUCAGGAGCUGCCUGGUAUCACCAGGUUCAUCCCUAAGAUCCUCCUGGCCGUCACUGUAACUGUGUGCGAUGAGGUGUAUAAGAAGAUUGCCUACUGGCUCAAUGACAUGGAGAACUACAGGCUAAAGAGUGCCUAUGAGAACAAUCUGAUCAUCAAGAUGGUUUUUUUUGAAUUCAUCAAUUCGUACCUCAGUCUUUUCUACAUCGGAUUUUACCUCAAGGACAUGGAGCGACUAAAGGAGAUGCUGGCCACUCUGCUGAUUUUCCGCCAGUUCCUGCAAAACAUCAAAGAAGUCCUUCAGCCAUAUCUCUAUGAACAAAGCAAGCUCGGUGUCUUCACCCCAAAGGUGCUAUGGGAGCUCCUUCAGGCCAUCAUUCUCAAAUAUGGCCGCCUGGCACUGGGGAAGGCACAGGCCUCCAUGACUUCCUACUCCUUUUUGAGUCCCAGAGAAAUGUCAAGCAGCCAUGCUGCAGGCUGCAGCCAGGAGCAGAGGAGAAGAGGGGAUCUGAAAGCUGGAUUCAGGUUCUCAGAGGAGGAGUGGGACAUGAGUGACAGCGUUAUAAAGCAGAGGAAAGUCAGCUUCACCGAGAAGGUGGACUACAAGAACGUGAAGACAGAGACGCGGGCUGUGGAGGACAGUUUCCUGGAGGACAGUCCUACUAUGGUGGAGGAUGGGAUGGAUCCCUCCAGCAUUUUUGACAGCUGUGAUGAAGACAGCGACUGUGAAUCCUUGUCUCAGUGUGUUUAACAGGAGAGCAGGGAAAACGUCAGUUUUUCCUCUUCGAAAGAAUCCGACUCUUUCUGUCAGCGAAGAAGGAACGUAGCAGCGGGGAAGGAUGACAAGAAAUCUUGGAUGGAUCCACCAGAAGAACCCAAAACUGUCGCCAUGACCCAGGCUGAGAUUGAGAGCUGCAUGCAGACAUAUGAGGGAACCCUGCAGGACUACCAGGAGAUGUUCAUCCAGUUCGGCUAUGUGGUCCUCUUCUCCUCGGCCUUUCCCCUGGCGGCCAUGUGCGCUCUGAUCAACAACAUUAUCGAGAUCCGCAGCGACGCCCUGAAGCUCUGCACCGGCCUUCAGAGACCGUUCGGACAGAGGGUAGAGAACAUCGGACAGUGGCAGACGGCGAUGGAGGCCAUGGGGUUGAUUGCUAUCAUAGUGAACUGCUACCUGAUUGGUCAAUGUGGGCAGCUCCAGCGCCUGUUCCCAUGGCUGAGCCCUGAAAUGACCAUCAUCUCCAUCGUCCUACUGGAGCACUUUGCAAUCCUCCUAAAGUACGUCAUCCAUGUCGCCAUCCCUGAUAUCCCUGGCUGGGUAGCAGACGAGAUGGCCAAGCUAGAGUACCGACGAAGGGAAGCUUUCAAGAAACAUGAGCUACAGGCACAGCAUCACUUCCAGCAGCAGCUCCGGCGGCGGCGGGAGGAAGAGGAGCUGCACCGCCAGGCCGAGCUGCAGGCCGAAGCUCGUCAUGACGCCGACUACCACAAGGCGGACAUGCAGCACCAGCACCACCACGACAAAACGCAGGGCAGCAAGCCAAAGCGGCCCAGCUCUCUGCUGGGGAACAACAACGUGAUGAAGCUCAAACAGAUCAUUCCUCUUCAAGGGAAGUUCUCCUCCGGCACCUCGCGCUCACCGGCUCAGUCCCCAACGGGAGGCGAAGCCAAGCUCCCGGGAUUUCUGAAGUUCUUAAAAUCCCCCGAGGUCAAAAAAGAAGCGGCGGCGACGCCUGGCUCAGCGGCGAUGUCUUCGGCUCCCCCUGUUGGCCAGGAAAGGUCCCAAUCCCCAAACAGAACAUUCAGUCCAGGGAAGCUGUUCAGUUUCAGCAAAUCGGAGGGUACCGUAGCGUGCGCUAACGGGACACAGCAGAUGACGCAGGCUGCCACAGAGGAAUUACCCUCCGGCGAGAUAGAUAAGGGAGAAUCGAGACCACAGACUGAUUUAGAGAACUCAAAAACUUCAUAAAUGUCACGUAAUACAUGGAGAUAAAUGUACAAAUGACACCGCAACAUUUAGAAGCACUGACACACCCGCCUGCUAAACCACCAGGACCACAUGUAAACGUCAGCAGGUGUUCAGCUUUCAGUCUUGAUGCAACUUUAUAACCCGUGGCGCUGUCUCCAUGUAUAAUUAUCUAACUUCCAUGUCAAUAGCUGCACGGCGAGAGUGCGGCGUUCACUAGCGUCCGUUUAAAGCCGACGAACAAGACGACGUCCCGUCAGUGUCCCUAUAGAGGCAUUUUGAUGGUCGGGUGAAAGAAACACAGCAGCAGUGUCUGGAUGCAUGAUACCAAGUGCAUGUAAGGCACUUUUUAGUCUUUUCAGUUGCAGAUGCACGUUUAAAAGCCAUCGGAUUCUCCUGCACUAGGUCAGAAAUAGUCACUGUGACCAUAAGGGAAAAAAAAAUCUAUUUUUCCAGUAUUUAAUUUUCUAUGAAUUUAUUUUACUACAUAAAUCAGCCGAUGUAACUCAAAAAUAAAUGUCCCUUGAGUUAUUAUCCAUUAGAGAGAUGAUUAGUGGGAUAAGAAGGCGCCAACUGUGAGGAACCAUGCUUCACUUCAACACACAAAGGUUGGAGAUAUGGCUUAAAAAUCUGAUCUCAGCUGUUUCCUACCAAAUCUGUUCUGUUUUUUGU